UAACCAUGGUUGGUUGGGUCGCCUCCACUACCAUCUCUAAGCUCCUCACCAAAGGCUUCGAUUACCUCGAAUAUGACACAGCAAAGAAGCUAGCACAACUUGAGCCAAAACUCUUGGUGCUGGAACGGGUCAUGGAAGUUGUCGAGACGAGCCCAUACAAGCCUCGUCUAGAGCAGCUGUUCAAGGAGCUUAAAUCUUCUUACUAUGAAGCCGAAGAAAUCUUGGAUGCUGUCGAGUAUCACUGUCCUGAGAGACAGAUCAAAGCUGACAAACUACAGAUUGGCGGUGUAGCACGUCCACCUAAUAGGGAUCCUAAGAAGAAGCUCUGGUAUGCCAUGACCAAGUUCUCCCCCUUGAAGAAUAAGGAGAGUGGUAUGUCAAAUAAGAUGUUGAUAAAGAGCCUAAAGAAGAUAGAAGAAGUUAUAAAUGAAGCACACCAAAUUCUGGAUGAGCUUAAUUUGUCCAGCAUAAGUAAUGACAACAGAAGACAGAAAAUGGUUGCCAAUGCUCCUACUACAGCAGUUUCUCCACACAAGGUAUUUGGUCGAGGUAAUGACCGCGACAAGAUCAUAGCAAUGCUUCAUGAAAAGGAAGGUGAUCAUCCAAGCACCAGCAAUGAUCUGUGCUUUUCUGUAAUUGGCAUACAUGGAAUCAGCGGGUCUGGGAAAUCUACCCUUGCACAGUUUGUUUGUGACAACGAAAAGAACAAGAAAGGCCAUUUCGAUCUUGUUAUGUGGGUUAAUCUUUCUCAGAAUUUUAGCGUGAGCGACAUUUUCGAGGAGUUUUAUGAGGCAGCAUCACAACCCAAGGAUACUUCCGAGCCUAAGGUUGCAUGCCCUCAAUUUCAUAACCUGAAUCAAUGUUUUAAAUAGCGGGCUAUUGCCAAAUAGUGGCGGACCUCAAAAUCAGCUAUAGCGGAGCUAUAGCGGGCUAUAGGAGGCUAUAGCGGGCUAUUUGUACAUGGGACCAUUUAGCGGCACCCUAGUGAAAAGGCUAUAUAGCGGGCUAUAGCGGAGCUAUAGCCGGUUAUUUAAAACAUUGACCUGAAU